AUGGGUGCUAUUGUUGCCCUGGCAGCUGGGUGUGAGGUGGCUGGGGAGGUGUCGCUCACCAACCUGGCGGUGGCGGCGCACAUGCGGGGCCGCGGACUGGGCCGACGAAUGGCGGUGGAGUUGCUGACACGUCUUGGGGUGGAACGCUACCCAGCGUUUCUGGAGGUCCGUACGGACAACACCGCGGCGCAAGCACUGUACCUCCGAUUGGGCUUCAUCACCGUCGGACUGCGGAAGCGGUACAACUCUGACGGCAGCGACUCCCUAGCCAUGGUACGGCAGCCGGGGCCGCUGCCGCCGCUGCUGCUGCCAUCAUUACCACCAUCACGCCGCCUCGAUGAUGGUGAUGGUGAUGAUGCCUAA